AUCAGUCUUCGUUUAAGUCUCGUCGGAUCAAGGUUGUCGAACAGUAGUUCGGUAUUGGAAGUGGUGAAUAAGCAUAGUCUCUUUUUCUCAGCUUAAACAGAGAAGUGAAGUGAUAGUGCUUUAAGUUAAAAGUGAUUGAGUUUAAACACUGUGCCGCUUCUUAGAAGUGAAAUUUGCGCACUGUUUGGAAGGAUGAACUGCUUUCCUUUCGUCUCGAUUGUACUUCUGGUUUCGUUACUCGGUUCCUCGAGAUGUUUCGACUUGUUCGAUGAGGACUCCUUAAGACUAACUCACCAAUUUGACGAAGAUUUUGAUAAUUGGCGAAAAAACUUCCAAAACUUUGGAGACCCAUUCAUCGAGGGAGAUGGUAGUAACGUUGGAAUUGUUUGGCCCUUUAGUAACGAUCACCAUGAACCGCAUUCCAGGGAAGCGACUGAUCUAGUCUACGAGGCUGGACCACAGGAAGCGACUGGACGCAAUCCCGAAUUGUCAGUGGUUGGCUUGGAGAGGGACCGUGAACCUCUAGAGCCGGACGUUGAGGUACUACCAGGCUACGGCAGUACAAACGAUGAUAAACGACGUCCAUCGGUUCGGCCCUUGAAACCCGUUGCGCAGCCCGUAGAUCAAAGCAAUAUAUUCCAGCAUCAUUUUAAUACCUUUUUCAACACCCCGGAAACGAGUUUCUUCGCUGGUGCCUUCCCCGGUUUUGGCUUCUUCGACCUGAAUGUCAACAAACCUUGGUGGAAAGGGGAAAACGUGUGCGUCGAACGGGAAGAGCAAGAGGAAAACGAUGACGACGGGGAUGACAACCGUGAGAUAGCCGUGGACGGUGGUAAUUUCCAGAGUUUCGGCGUCGUCAACUUGAACUUUGAGUCAUGCUCCGAACAACAAAACAAACAUGUCUGCACCUCAUUCAAGAAUCAUAAUGGCCGAAAACGAACGGUUAAGGUUACUCGGCAAUGUUGUCAUGGUUACGCUCGCCCAAGAAAUGGACCACCGAAUGCUCAUUGUGAAAAACUUGAUCUCUAUCCGAUAGCAGAAACGAUCGAACGUCUUGGCGCAAAGGAGUUUUUAUCCACCCUGAAUAAAAGUGGUUUGGAAGCUAUUCUUAACAAGGAUCUCACACUAUUUGUUGUGCCAGAUAGUGCGUACACAAAGUUUACCGAACAGAUGUGGGAAAAUAACCUAGUCGCUUUCGAUCCAGCGAUGCGUGCAAAACGCCAAGUGGAUAUUUCUGGAAUGACAGCUCGAGAUUUGGUCUUAGCUCAUGCUGUCAAUGGAUCCUAUCAUAUCGAAGAUGUGAGCAAUGAGCAGUUGUUGAAAACUGAACUGGCCAACACAAACAUUCGCAUUAAUAUUUUCCCACGUGGACCAUCAGAUAAUAGUUUCGAGCAUCCUUACCGAUACACCGCAAAUUGUGCUCCCUUAGUUAAACUCAACCGAGUGGCCGAGAAAGGAAUCGUACAUGUGGCGGAUCGAGUUCUGUUGCCGGUACGCAACAACAUUAUGCAGAUUAUCCGAUCACGAGAUGACAUGACAGUGCUAAGGACGAUACUGGAAAAGACUGGACUGGACAAGAAACUAGAGGAAGUUGGUGAUGAUAAGCAUUAUACUUUCUUCGCACCAAAUGACGAUGCUUUCCUGAAGUUGGAUAAAGACAUUCGUAGGAAAUUGAAGGCCGGAAAUGGAUGCGCUUCAAAUAUUCUCAAGAACCACAUAUUGGACAUAACGUUCUGUUCGUUGGCUGCUGUACAUGGAGCUAAAACAACAACCUAUAAUUUGCUAAGUGAGAAGCUUGAAUUCGAGUAUGUCGCUAUGGGAAAAACAGAAACAGGAGAUAUGUCAACCAAGAAAUCACCAACUCUUAGAAUCAAUGGCGUUGCAACCGUCCAGGAAACGGAUCUAAUGGGUACAAACGGUGUAGUUCAUGUGAUUGAUACGGUUCUUUCGACCAACAGUGGAAUGCCUGUUUCCAAUACUCUGUCCAGUCGAAAUCUUACCAUUUUCAAACAGCUGAUUGAUGACGCUGGCUUGGAAGAUGAGUUUGAUUCUAUGUCAAAUAAAACGUUCUUCAUCCCAUCGGAUAAAGCUUUCGAACAAAGUGAAGCAGGACAAUAUUGGAUUCAGCAGCUCAAGGAAAAUCCCGGUUCCUUAAAGGAUAAUUCUCUUUUAAAAGAAUUCUUAGAGUACCAUGUCGGUGAGCCAUUGAUCAAGACAUCCGAUCUUCAAGAAGAUAUGAUUAACAGUGCAUCCGGACAUAAACUAAGAAUAAAUCUUUACACGACGAAUCCUGUAUUCAGCAACGUUCUGAACCGUGCUACUGUAAACUGCGCUCGUUUGAUGCAUUUCGAUGAUGAAACAUGUGGUUCUGUGGUUCACGAGAUUGACAAAGUACUUGAAACUCCGAAAUUGAAUGUGUUUGAAGCACUGAGAUCGAAUCCAGAAUAUAGCAUGUUUGUUUCCAUGAUCGAGAAAGCUAAUCUAACAGAAUUGCUUAGUGCCAUGAACGAGAGCUUCACUGUGUUCGUACCAAAGAACGACGUAUUCAAAGAAGUCAACGAGUGGUAUGAUGAAGUUUCAGAAAACAUGGAAGAUCUGGACAAUGUAAUUCGAUCGCACAUAGUCCCUAGUGUUAUCUGUUGUGCGGGGAUUGUUCAGUCCGAUUGGCCUUUCAUUCGAACCACAGAAACUAUCAACCAGCAGCGCUUGAAACUGAAUCGUAAUCGUCGUCCGCAGAUACAAAAUGCUGGAGUAACGAAAUGUGAUAUUGUUACCAAGAAUGGAAUUGUUCAUGAGAUCAACGAUGUAAUCAAUACUCAGAAGAGGCAACAUACGGAAGCCCAAGGAUUCCCAAGCUUCAAUCGUCCUUUGACUUUCUGGUUCUAGCAGGAACGAAAAUAAUGCUCGCGAUAUAUGUGUCUGCGCAAUAAGUCUAAUUUAAAAGCUUGACGGUUUACAGAUUAUUAUAAUUUACUUGUUAAUUAUUUCAACAAGUCAAAUACACUAAACAAACUACUGUAAAUUAAAGUUUUCAAUCGAAUAAAAUUAUCCUAUUUAUAUCACAUA